ACGAUAUUAUGCCACUGCAAUAGUUUGUGGUUCAACACAGGAGGACAUAUAUAUUCCAGAAGUUAGGGUUAGAGUUCGAGCUUCCAUACCCCAGCUGAAACGAAACUCGCAGCAACUCUGCAAUGGCGGCCAAGAAGUCUCGGAACCCUGAGCUAACCAGGGGCAUCGGCACCUUCUCAAGGUCGAAGAUGUACCACAAGAGGGGUCUUUGGGCAAUCAAAGCCAAAAACGGCGGAAAAUUUCCUCACCACGAAAAGAAGAUCGCCGAAGCACCCGUGGCCGAGAAGCCACCAAAGUUUUACCCCGCCGACGAUGUUAAGAAGCCACUCGUCAACAAGCAUAAACCUAAACCAACUAAGCUUAGGUCCAGUAUUACUCCGGGAACAGUUCUGAUUAUCCUUGCCGGUCGAUUCAAGGGAAAGAGGGUUGUGUUCUUGAAGCAACUCGCGUCUGGGCUUCUUCUUAUCACUGGCCCAUUCAAGAUCAAUGGCGUUCCUCUGAGGCGCGUGAAUCAAGCUUAUGUGAUUGCAACUUCAACCAAGGUUGACAUUUCUGGUGUUAAUUUGGAGAAGAUUGACGAUAAGUACUUCGCUAAGAAGGCAGAAAAGAAGAAGGAGAAGACCGAAGGAGAGUUCUUUGACUCAGACAAAGAGGAGAAGAGUGCCCUACCUCAAGAGAAGAAGGAUGACCAGAAGGACGUUGACGCAGUUCUGAUUAAAGCAAUCGAGUCCGUUCCAGAUUUGAAGACUUAUUUGGGUGCCAGAUUCUCCCUUAAGGAAGGCAUGAAACCCCAUGCUCUAGUCUUUUAGAGAAAGUCAGCACCGUUUAUUUAUCUUAUGCUGAAACUGAAAAUUUUCUUGUUUCCCAAUGAUUUGUUACCUUGUUCAAUCUGAAUUUUGUUUUGAAAUGCAGUAUUUUACAAUUUAUAAUGCUUAUACUGGAUCUGGAAAUCAGAUGAUGCACUAUGUGGUUUUGCUUCCUUACACAAGGUGUUAUGAUUAUGGCAAUGUUGACACUGUGCUUAAACUAGUGCCCUCAUUUGAUUUUACUAUUACCAUUUUAUAAGUCUUCCCUUGUUAUCAUCAGUAUUCUUAUAAUUGGACAUUUAUCUUUGAAUGAAAUGCCG